AUGAAGCGCACUACACAUAACCGUGCGACGGCGACGAGCUCUGUGUGCCAAGCAGCUGAGCAUCUUCGAACGGUGGCGGCGGUAGAUCUACAUACGGGCGACCAUACCUCAAACACUGCGCUACUGGAGCCGGAUGUAGUGAAAGAGAAAGCAAAGAUAACUGUCCCAAUACUUGAGGGCACAAGUAUUGCACCACCCGAUGGUGACGGAUUUGAAGAAUUGGCAGAGGAAGACGCUCACAUGGAGGAACAUUUGGGUGCACACUUGCAUCGAUUUGGGUUGGGCGAUGGAAUCAUCCCACCGGCGGCAGUGGUGGCUGCACUGUGUGAGGACACGUUAGGGCUAGCGUUCGAUUCAUCCAUGGCAGGCAGUGCAAACCAGGGACAGCAGCAGCAAAGUUCGUUCAACGACGAUCUUGCCUUGAUGGUGGGGCGUCCGGACGAGCAUGGCUUCUUUCACUGUCCGGCGGAUGCUUGUGAUCGAAAGUACAAAAUCAAAUACUCGCUGCUUCGUCAUCUGCGCAAUGAAUGUAACGCUGACCGGCGCCAUUCUUGUCCGAAAUGUGAUAAGAAAUUUUCCUACGCCUUCAUACUUAACCGACACCUUCUUAACGUGCACAAGGAAAGCCCUGGCUAUUACUAA